AUGAUAAUUAUGAGUAUGAUUUACGGGAGAUUAAUUAUUAUUACACUUGCCUUAGGCGUCUGUUAUUGUAACCCAGAUGCUAAACGACUUUAUGAUGAUUUACUCUCUAACUAUAAUCGAUUAAUUCGCCCGGUCUCUAACAAUACCGACAUCGUUGUUGUCAAACUCGGGCUGCGUUUAUCUCAAUUAAUUGAUCUGAAUCUGAAGGAUCAGAUAUUGACGACAAACGUUUGGCUCGAUCACGAAUGGCAAGACCACAAAUUCCGUUGGGACCCGAACGAGUACGGUGGUAUGAAGGAACUUUAUGUCCCCAGCGAACACAUUUGGCUGCCAGAUAUUGUUUUAUACAACAACGCUGAUGGGGAGUACGGAAUAACAACAAUGACAAAAGCUGUGUUACAUUACACCGGUAAAGUUUUAUGGACUCCACCGGCUAUUUUUAAAUCUUCAUGCGAAAUAGACGUAAGGUAUUUUCCGUUUGAUCAGCAAACAUGCUUCAUGAAAUUCGGAUCGUGGACUUAUGAUGGUCUUCAGAUUGAUUUGAAACAUAUAAACCAAAAAUCGGGAAAUAACAACGUUGAAAUAGGAAUGGAUCUACGCGAAUACUACCCUAGUGUCGAAUGGGACAUUCUGGGAGUUCCAGCAGAACGCCAUGAAAAAUUUUAUCCGUGUUGUUUGGAACCAUUUCCGGAUAUUUUUUUCAACAUAACAUUACGCCGAAAAACACUAUUUUAUACGGUUAAUCUUAUAAUUCCCUGUGUCAGUAUAUCGUACUUAUCAGUAUUAGCAUUUUACUUGCCCGCGGAUUCUGGAGAAAAAAUAGCUCUGUGUAUUAACAUUCUCCUGUCGCAAACAAUGUUCUUUUUACUGAUAUCCGAAAUAAUACCGUCGACGUCAUUAGCGUUGCCAUUGCUGGGAAAAUAUUUACUUUUCACAAUGGUAUUGGUCGGAUUGUCCGUUGUCGUAACAAUUAUAAUACUCAAUGUACAUUAUCGUAAACCCAGUACACAUAAAAUGGCGCCGUGGGUUAGAACGGUGUUUAUACGAAAAUUACCGAAGUUACUAUUAAUGCGAGUACCCGAAAAUUUGCUGAAUGAGCUGGCGGCUAAUAAAAUCUACGGACGAGGAAAGGCCGCUAAAAAAACCAAAUUCGAAGCUGCCAUUUCAGCGGCUAUGAGAUCGCCGUCAGUGAUGUCGUCUCCUGAAUCGAUAAGGCGCAGAGGUUGCAAUGGAUUACACACGACUUCUGGAAACAGAUUUAUUGGUCUAGAGGCUGGAAUGGCCGGAUAUAAUGGACUUCCGACUGUCAUGUCGGGUCUGGAUGAGUCUAUGACCUCGAUUGCUGGUACAUUUGCCAUUUUAUGCGAGGCACCCUCACUUUACGACGAUACGAAACCUAUCGACAUGCAGCUAUCUGCUAUCGCUCAACAGCAAUUUCCGCCGCGCAACCCGACUUUACUCAAAGGUAUUCUACCGCAGCGUGCAGACUAA